GUCGGAACCUGACAGGCCGCCAUUCCGGCGUUCCGCAUGCAUUCCGAACUUCUGAUAUCAUGCGAUUUUCUUUUUGCAAUUCCGCUGCCGUUACCACAACUCUUGCUUCCCACCCUCUACCGUUUCUAGGUUCCGUAACACUGUCCGACCACGCGCAAUGGCACCCUUAACGGACAAUCGCACGCUGCUUAUUCUGAAAGGUGCCGCACAGGGCAAAUAUGGUGUCCUUGCAGCAAUUGCCUAUAACAUUGAACAACUUACGGGUCUCGUCCGCGCCGCAGAAGCAAAGCGCUCACCCCUGAUCAUCCAGCUUUUCCCCUCAACCCUCAAACAACUUCCGACCCUAGCACACGCUGCGGCUGCCGCUGUGAAGUCUGCAUCUGUGCCUCUUUCGUUACAUAUCGACCAUGCGCAGGAUGUGGAGCACAUCCGCGAGAUUAUUGCCACGUUGCCAGUGGACUCGGUGAUGGUGGAUAUGUCACAUUUCGGGGAGAAAGACAAUCUAGAGAAGACGAGGAUCCUAGCGAAAGAGUGCCACGAUAGAGGAAUUGCGGUAGAAGCAGAGAGCGGCAGGAUAGAGGGAGGCGAGGACGGAAUUGCGGAUACAGGAGAUCUGGAAGCCUUAUUCACCUCGCCCGAAGAUGUCAACAACUUCGUCGCUGCCGGUAUCGACAUCCUCGCACCCUCAAUAGGCAACAUCCACGGCGAUUACGGUCCUUCAGGCCCCAAGCCCGGCCAGUUGCACUUUGAUCGUCUCGCCUCCAUCAACAAGCAAAUCAACAACCGCGUUCUCAUCGCACUACACGGCACGAACGACUUUCCACCGGAGGUGAUGAUGAAGUGCAUCGAAAACGGCGCCAUCAAGCUUAAUGUGAACAAGCUUUUACUGGAAGUCUGGAACGAGUUCCUGAGAAAGAACGCAGCGGCUAUGCCACUUGUGAAGUUGGUUGAUCAGGGUAUAGAGAUAUUGCAGAAAGAGACGGAGAAAUGGAUGGAUAUCUGUGGAAGCAGCGGGAAGGCGUAAGAAGUUUCACGACGAAUAUAGACGGUGCCAGCUAGGCAAAUGCAACGGACUUCAUUUCAAAUUCACUCUUCUAGAAGUCGCCCGGUCUUCUUCGGCGAUGCGCAGCUUCCCCGCCCAUGGCUUAACCGCAACAAGAGAAGUCCUACACAAUCAUCAGGUUCUUCUCAU